AUGGACCAGCUUGAGAGUGACAUGCUUGUCGACCACGAGUACGACGAAAAGGCCGACGUUGCCAUCAUCACGCCCGACACGGACGAUGCCAUGGACGACGUCGACGCCGAUGCCGAACCCCGCGCAGACGAGUACGAUGCUUUUAUGAAGAGGCAUAUGCCCAAGACUGCCGAGUAUGAGACAGAGGCCGAGGCCUACCACACCUGGGAGAUCAGGGACUGGCGGACACUUACUAGGCGUGAACACGGCCCCAUAUUCGAGUGCGGUGGACAUCCCUGGCGUAUUCUCUUCUUCCCCUACGGUAACAACGUCGACUUUGCCUCCUUCUACCUCGAGCAGGCCUACGACGAGAAGCAGAUGCCCGAGGACUGGUAUGCCUGCGUAGAGUUUAUGCUUGUCCUAUGGAACCCAAAUGACCCCAGCAUCUUCACUACACACACCGCACACCACCGCUUCACCGCCGACGAGGGCGAUUGGGGCUUCACACGCUUCGCCGAGCUUAGAAAGCUCUUUAGCAACUCAUGGGAGGAUCGUGGCCGGCCAAUGGUCGAGGAUAAUGCUGCCAAUGUGACGGCAUACGUCAGAGUGCUCAAGGACCCCACCGGUGUGCUAUGGCACAACUUCAUCAACUACGAUUCGAAAAAGGAAACCGGCAUGGUUGGUCUCAAGAACCAGGGCGCAACAUGUUACCUGAAUUCGCUUCUUCAAUCCCUGUUCUUCACGACGGCGUUUCGUCAAGCCGUGUACCAAAUCCCUACUGCGGAAGAGGCCGACCGUUCGAAUAGCGCAUACGCCCUGCAGAGGCUAUUCUACCUAUUACAAACAUCAACCACCGCUGUAGGAACCACGGAAUUGACCCAUUCUUUCGGUUGGGACUCUAAGCAGAUUUUUGAGCAACAAGAUGUGCAGGAGCUAUCUCGCGUGCUCAUGGACAAGCUCGAUGAGAGAAUGAAAGGCACAGAGGCUGAGGGCGCCUUGACAAAAAUGUUUGUUGGCAAGAUGAAGACCUACAUAUCAUGUAUUAACGUCGACUACGAAUCUUCUCGCGUUGAGGAAUUCUGGGAUAUUCAAUUGAAUGUGAGCGGCAACAAGAACCUCGACGACAGCUUCAGAGACUACGUCCAAGUCGAAACCAUGGACGGUGAAAACAAAUAUUUUGCAGAGGGCUUUGGGCUACAGGACGCCAGAAAGGGUGUUAUUUUCGAGAGCUUUCCGCCAGUGCUACAUCUCCAACUAAAGCGUUUCGAAUACGACUUCCAGCGCGACGCCAUGAUGAAGGUCAACGACCGUUACGAAUUCCCAGAGGUUUGGGAUGCCGCGCCGUAUCUCUCCGAGGGCGCCGACCGAUCAGAGUCGUGGGUAUACCACCUUCACGGCGUUUUGGUUCACAGCGGCGAUCUUAAUGCGGGCCAUUACUACGCUUUUCUCAAGCCUACCAAGGACGGACACUACUACAAGUUUGACGACGACCGGGUCACACGUGCCACACUCCGGGAGGCGCUCGAGGAGAACUUUGGUGGCGACUAUGUGCAAGCCAACGGAAACACUGGCCAACGGAAUCCUUACACGCGAGCCUGGUCUGCAAAGCGCUCCAUGAGCGCUUACAUGCUGGUCUAUAUCAGGGAGACAAGACUCGAUCAAGUUCUUAUGGACAGUAAAGCUGUAGAGCCCCCCAAGCAUCUAGCCGAGCGACUUGCUGAGGAACGGGCUGCCUUGGAGCGCAGGAAGAAGGAGCGCGAGGAGGCGCAUCUCUACAUGGAUGUCGCCGUCGCAUCCAACGAUCAAUUCAGCGUCUACCAAGGGUUCGACAUAGUGCCGUGGAAGAACGAGGUAGAGAUGCCCGCUAGUCCAAAGAUUUACCGAGUUCUCCGAGCGACUACAAUGGCCGACUUUGCAGCAACCGUUGCUCAGGACUUGGGAACACAGGCUGAUAUGCUACGUCCGUGGUCCAUGGUUAACAGACAAAACGGUACUGUUCGCCCUGAUACGGCUCUGGAGUUCCCUGAAAUGACGGUCGAAGAGGCGGCUAGUAAGCAUGGCACAAAGCAAGCGCAGUUCAGAAUGUGGAUCGAAAAGGCCGAGGACCGCGAUGAGACUGGCGCACCGAUAUUCGGUGAACGGUUGGUAGAUCUCAAGGGCCAGGCUAACAACCGCCCACUGAUGAUCUUCCUGAAGCACUUUGACGCCAAUCAGCAAAGCCUAUUCGGCAUGGGCACCUUCUAUGCCGCAUACCAAGACAAAGUGUCCGAUCUUACACCUACAAUUCUGAAGAUGAUGGGAUGGCCUGCUGGAACGCAGAUCAAGCUCUCAGAAGAGAUCAAGCAAAACAUGAUCGAAGCAAUGAAGCCCAAGGUGACACUAGCGGCCUCUGAGAUUCAAGACGGCGACAUCAUUACAGUCCAACGCGUACUCAGUGAAAAAGAGGCUGCGCAAAUCACCGCGGCAGGAGGCUAUACCGAAGCCAAGGAAUUCUACGAUUAUUUACUUAACAAGAUUAACAUUGAAUUCGUGCCAAGGGUACCGGAAGCGGAUCUACCGACCUUUUCCUUGACUCUCAGCAAAAAGAUGGCGUAUGAUCAGUUCGCUAGCAAAGUAGCGGAACACCUCAAGACUGACCCCAGCCACCUCCGCUUCACAACCGUCAGCACUGCUGGCAAACCCAAGCAAGCCAUCAAAUACAGCGCCACUUCAACACUAAACAACAUUCUUUUCCCUGGUCCAUACAACUACUCGGCGAGUGCUAUGCAGCGAAACGAUGCGUUGUUUUACGAAGUGCUGGAUAUGAGCUUGAAAGAGCUGGAGCAGAGGAAACCCGUCAAGGUGACGUGGCUGCCCGACGGACUUAGCAAAGAGGAGGAACACACGUUGAUGGUACCGAAGAACGCCCAGGUUUCUGAUCUCCUCGAGGCUCUGCAAAAGAAAGCCGGUAUCAGCGACGAGAUAAUGCAAAAGACACGGGCAUACGAGGCUCACAUGCACAAGUUCCACAAGGUCCUUCCGCCAGAUCACUCCAUCAUGAGCCUCUACGAUUACACCCAAAUCUUUGUCGCACCCUACUCAGAUGACGAGUCAUCAAAGAAGAUUACAGUCUUUCACUAUGACAAGGAACCCUCAAAACCACAUGGUGUUCCAUUCCAACUCUCGAUCAAGGAGGGCGAGCCGUUUAGCGAGACCAAACAGCGACUUUCAGACUUCACCAAGAUCAAGGGCAAGCAACUAGAUAAGAUCAAGUUUGCUCUUGUAAGCAGGUCGCAAUACUCGAAGCCGGAGCCUUUAGACGAUGACGAUGUAUUAUGGGACGUAAUAGCAGGGCGCGACGAUGUUUCACUAGGACUCGACCAUCCAGCCAAGACACGGACGCUCUGGGGCAAGACAGACUCCAUCUUCAUUCGUUGA